CUAAUCUUAGUGGUUUGUAAAACUACUUAUUUUAUGAGGGGAGUUUUCCUCUAUCGAGCUUUUACUAGAGCUCGCACUCGAACUCCAAACAAUGUGCUCGAGCUUGCGUAGUUCAGAUUUUUGGCCGAUCUCGGCUCAUUUGCACCACUGUUUACAAGAAUGUCAAAUAUGUAAUUUAAGUUGUGAAGUGUAGUGACACACAUCAUUUUUAACUAAUUUAUUAAGUGCUUAAGUGAGAGAAUGUUAUUAUUUUUCAAGUAUGAUGGACUCUGAAUCCAAUGAGCUGGAAACAAAAAACAGUACUAAAAAUUAGUGGUGGAUGAGGAUCCAUUGAUUGAGCCCAUUAAAUCUGAAUCUUUAUUGGGGAUCCAAUAUCUUAUUUAGAACCUCACUGACACUUUUUUCGGCUCCAAAGAAAUUACAUAUUGGGUGAAAAUUUUACAGUGGAAAUAUCGUCCUGCAAUCUUCAUCUGCCUCGUCCAGUAGACACAUUGAAGCUACCGUGGUCCGUACUUAAGCGUGUGCCGCCCAAUUACCGGCUGUUAUGACCUGGUGCCAAAGAGUGCUACGCAUUAUUCCGUCUCGCCACUCCCUGUGUCUUUCCCGGUGCCGCUCUAAUCUCGUUGUUUUGUCUUCCGAUUUGGCCUUCGCUUUGAAGAGUAUCAUAUAGGUAUUGUUAAUACAAAUGGAAUCCCGCAAGCAAAGGAGCGCCUCUCCAACCUUUCCUAAAUGGAGAAAAGUUGUCUAUGGAGGGAUGCAACCUGGUUUUGACGAUAAUCACACUGAUGAGUCUUUCCUAGAAGACAUGAUUAUGAAUUGCAACGUUGUGAAAAGAGACCUUGUUAAGGUGAUGGUGGACGCGGUCUCCAUCUCUCAGUAUUUGUGCAUUGUUGCUCUUGUGGUUUUGGUCUGGACUUAUACCCUCAGAUCUAUCUUUAGUGAAAGGUCUCUCGUGUUGCUUGACAUUGUCCUCCUUGGGGCAGGCUUCUUUGUCGUUCUUUUAACGGCAGAAAUGCUCUCGUUCGACCUACUGCUCAAUUAUGUCGUCAAAAUCUCGUUUUUUAUAACUGGUUUAUACGUUUUAUCUCCUAUUUACCACACACUGACCAGAUCCAUAAGCUCAGACUCUAUUUGGGCUUUAACAGCUUCUCUUGUCAUACUCCAUCUCUUUUUGCAUAACUAUUCUGGUUCCGCAGCUCCUGGGGCCCUUGAAUAUUCAACCUUCACAAGCAACAUAUCUCUUAAUGCUUCUAUAGUUGCUUCACUCCUAAUUGCUUCUCGACUUCCAUCAAGGCUUCAUGUCUUUGCUAUUGUGCUAUUCUCCCUUCAAGUUUUCUUGUUUGCUCCAUUUGUUAGUUAUUGUAUAAAGAAAUACUCUUUCCGCUUGCAUAUAUGUUUCUCCUUGGGGUUAAUGGCCGCAACUCUGUUUUUCGUUUAUCAAUUGCACCGCUUGCUCUUUAUUUUGCUGUUGAGUAUAUUGGUUUUUGUCAAUUUGGUGUGCCCCUACUGGCUGAUUAGGAUUCAAGAAUACAAAUUUGAGAUCAAUGGUCCCUGGGAUGAGGCUAAGCUCUGCUUUAAGAUAAUGGAAUGAAACUGUUGUUUUUGUACAUUUUGGAAGUUUGGAGCAACAAUAGUUUUAUCCUCCUCUCUUCAAGUUCCGGAAGUUUCUUACACUUUAAAAUUAUGAACUACCUCUUGAGCUAUUGUGUAUUUCAUGGAAUUGUGGUGUACAUUGCUCCUCGAGAUUAUGUUCUUGAUUUGCAACAAAGCAUAUGUUAUAGACAUACAGUUGAUUUGCUAGUUUAUGAGAGUAUUUGGAUGGCUAGGAAUUUUGUGCGUUAUAUGUUGAUUCUCUUCGAAAUAUAAUUUUGUGAUGUGAAUC